AUGGAUCCGUUCAACAACCCGGACAACCGGAACAACCCGAAUAAUCCCAACAAUCCGACCCAACCUAAUGUUUUCUCGGUUCCGGGACAUUAUCCGACGCUAGAACCGAACCAAUUCUCGCAAUAUUCAUCGAAUGCGUUUGCUUCAUUCCAACACUCGCCAAACCAAUUCGCUCAAAUCUCCCAAAAUCAAGCCCUUCAACAAAUGAUGAUGCGGGGUGCUUGGAACUUCCCACCCGUUCAACCUCAACCGAUCCCCACACCACCCGUUCAACCUCAACCGAUCCCGACCCAGUCCGAACCCGAAGACGAUGUGGAGAUUGUUCCCGAAACCCAACCGCCUAAAGGGAAAGGAAAACGAAACAAAGGCAAGCAAGUGGUGGGUGAUCAACCGUCGAAACCGAAGGCGACUAAGUGGACACCAAUCGAAGAAGAAGCCUUAGCCAAGGCUUUCAUUGGCACUUCUGACAACCCGACAAAAGGUAAUAACCAAUCGGGUGAGGGGUUUUGGUCCAAGGUAUUGGCCAAGUUUCUCGUCUUUAUGGACCAAGGCCCGUAUCGAGAUGUCGACCCGGUCUCCUCAAAGGUGGACCCGAACAUGGUUGAGUUUAUGGAACACUUAAAAAUGUACAACGACGUCACGGCCCAAAAGACGAAGGCGAAGGAGCGGGGCGUCGAAGAAAAAAGUCGUGUAUCGGAAGAAAAGUUACGCGAGAAGGUCCGAUUGGCGAAUGAGAAAAUCCGAAUUUCCGAUGAAAAAAUUCGGCUCAAGGAAUAG